AUGAACGAUAACUUGAGCCCCCAUUGCGCGGAUUUAGCAUCCGCUAGUUCUUGGAACUUCGCGCUGUCCAUUUUGAUCCUCAUCGGAAUCCUCAUCUCGUAUCUCCCUCAGCAUUAUCGCAUAAUCUCCCUGAAGAGCUCCUUCGGUAUCUCCCCUUACUUCGUCCUACUGGGCACGACGUCUACAUCGUCAUCUUUGGCAAACAUCCUAGUGCUCCCGCGGAGCAUUGAGGAUGCGUCGUGCUGCAAUGAGGUUGAUGGAUUGAGUUGCUUUUCGGCACUGCUGGGUAUCCUCCAAGUUGGGGUUCAGUGGCUCUGUUUCUUUAACAUUCUCGUCCUUUUCGUUACCUACUUCCCACGGGCCACCUCCACGACCACUCCAGACACCUCCGAAACUCCCUCAAAAGAAGGCGAUGGACCAACAUACCGCACCGCCCUAGCUGUGGCAGGCAUCAGCAUAAUCCACAUCAUCAUUCUCUUCAUUAUCUCCCUCGUCUUCGAAUUCAAACAUCGCUCGUCUCUCCAAGCAUGGGCCAAUUUCCUAGGCAUCCUCGCCGCAGUCCUCUCUUCGAUCCAGUACUUCCCCCAGAUCUACACGACCCUCAAGCUCCGGUGUGUGGGCAGUUUGAGUAUACCGAUGAUGUGCAUCCAAACGCCCGGGAGCUUGGUGUUUGCGGGGAGUCUGGCGGCGCGACUGGGAUCAGAGGGGUGGAGCACUUGGGGUGUGUUUGUUGUGACGGCAUUCCUGCAGGGGACGCUGCUUUUCCUGGCUAUAUACUUUGAGUAUUUUGGUCCGGAGAAGAAGGAGCGUCGGACGCAUAGCACAGAUGUUGCUCCGAACGAGUCUCUGGAGGAUCGGGAGGAUCACCAGAACGAUGAUCAGCCAUCUGAAGACACUCCUCUUUUGCAAAGGCAAUUAUGA